GUCACAAACACACACCAUCCCAUAUUCUCUCAAAUCUCACAACUCAUACACAACCUUUUUUCUUUUCCAAGAAACACCUGAAAACUCAAAACCUCUUUUUCUUUCACAAACACUAUACCCUUAAUUCCUUCAUCUAUGUUCCCUUCUUCCAUUUCAAAAACUCAUCAAACCUUCACUAAAAAACUAGCCUUAUCGUUUUCACCAUCAUUCUCUCAUUAAUCUCAAACCCUCCGUUACGUCCCCGUUCUUGGUCAAAUUUUUUUUAAGUGAUCUAGAAGGUGAAAUUGCAAUGAAAAUAGAAUCGAAAAAAACCAAGUCAUGGUCGAAACUAGCGAUUAGGAACUGGCUUAGUGCAAAGAACAGUUCUGAAAAGUUUUCUUCAGACUACACUGAUAAAGAACAAGAUAGUUACAUCCUCGUACCAGAUAAUUUCUCUGGGUGGUUGAAGCAAUCCCCAACUGGCGUAAAAUGUUCGGUCUUUGAAGAGAAAAAACCUUCUAUCAACACCAAUCCUCUAAACCUUAGGAUGUUUGUUGGGACGUGGAAUGUUGGGGGGAAGUCACCAAAUGAAGAUUUGGACUUAAGGAAUUGGCUUACGUCUACUUCGCCAGCUCACAUAUAUGUUAUUGGGUUUCAAGAAAUAGUACCUUUAAAUGCUGGGAAUGUUCUUGGGUCAGAGGAUAGUGGCCCAGCAACAAAAUGGUUGGGCCUUAUUCAUGAAGCCCUAAACACAACCAACUAUGAAAGCCCAAAUGAGAAGCAAUGUUUUAGCCUAGUAGCCAGCAAGCAAAUGGUUGGUAUUUUUUUGUGCGUGUGGGUGCGCGCUGAUUAUCGCAAUCAUGUUAGUAAUUUGAAAGUGUCUCGAGUUGGCACGGGCAUCAUGGGCUAUCUCGGAAAUAAGGGUUCAAUAUCAAUUAGCAUGAGAUUGUUUCAAACUACAUUCUGCUUUGUUUGUACUCAUUUGGCCUCUGGAGAGAAAUAUGGUGACGAGUUGCGAAGAAAUUUGAACAUAUCGGAAAUCAUUAAGAGAACUAAGUUUUCUCACUCACUUGGCAUAUUAGAACAUGAUAACAUUAUUUGGUUGGGGGAUUUGAAUUAUCGACUUGCCGCGGGUUUCGACGACAUACACGAGCUACUAAAGAAGAAGAAUUUGAAGGCAUUACUAGAAAAAGAUCAGCUUAGAAUGGAGCAAAAAGCUGGAAGAAUAUUUGAAGGUUGGAAUGAAGGAUCCAUAUAUUUUGCUCCUACUUACAAAUACUUAACAAACUCAGAUCAAUACGUUGCACAAACAUGUAAAUCCAAGGAAAAACCACGUACUCCUGCAUGGUGUGAUAGAAUUCUAUGGAAAGGAGAAGGAUUGAAUCAGAAAAUGUAUGUUAGAGGAGAGUCAAAAUUCUCUGAUCAUAGACCAGUGUAUUCAUUAUUCACGGCACAAGUGAACAUGAACAUGGAAAACAAGAAUCUUACUCGUUCUGUUUCUACUACUGUCUCAAGAUCUUGUUCCUUAAAACCAUUUACAGAUUCUGCUGUGUUAUCUUCUACUUGUUGUUGUGCUGCUGCUAAAGUACAAGCUGAAGAGCAGAUUAUGUUGCUAGCAACUAGGGCACAGAGUUGCAUAGACUCUGUUACAAGGUUCUUGUAGUGAUUGGAUGGUUACAGAAUUGGAGAUAGGGGUUUUAUGUGGAAUAGUGAUUUGUUAUGCAGCUUUUUGGAGCAUAAUGGAUUUGGUUUUUUUGAGGUUGAUUGAUGAUCAAUGUUGGAAUGGGAGGGACAGAAUCUAUCUGCAGCUCUGGCAAUUUUUGAGCUGUCAAUAUGUCAUAGGGCAUAAUAGGUUUGGAGAAAUAUAGUUUUUGUUAAAUUUGAAAUAGUUACUUCAAGGAUUAUGGUACAUUAGUAUGGAUAUAUGUUUAUUACUAUACUAUUAUCCAACUUGUAUUGGUGUUAACUUGUAUAGAUAUAUGGUUAUUAGUAUUAUCCAACUUGUAUUGAUAUUUACUUGUAUUAGCAUUGUGUGGAGGUUGUAAUAGUAUAACAAUGUGUUGAGAAAAGGGUUAAAUUUAUGCCCAAUCAACUUAUUUUGUACUUGGUA